AUGAAUACAACCAACACUGAUAAAACAAUUAAUAAAAAUAUAGAUCAACAGAGAAUCAAUAUUUUAAUGAAAUGGCUUAAAGAUAAAAAUAUAUAUAUACAUUCCGGUAUUAAAUUAGGUAAACGAGAUGAUGGUUUUUUUGUAUACACUGAAAAAAUGUUAAAAAAAAAUACAAUUAUAUUAAAAGUUCCAAAAAAUGCCAUUUUAUCGCCUAAAACAUCAUUAUUAUCUCAUUUAUUGGACAUAACUAAAAUACCGAGUAUUCUUUGUCUAUGUAUAGUUUACAUGUACGAAAAAAGUCUUGGUCAGAAAUCACCAUGGUAUGGUUAUCUUCAAAUAAUGCCAGAUAAAGUAGAUAUUCCAAAAUUAUGGAAUCACGAAAAAAACUGGUUAAAAGGAACAGAAAUAGAAUACGUAGGUGGACUUGAUAUUUCUGAAUUACAAAGUGCGUAUAACGAAUUAAUAUUGCCAUUUAUAAAAAAAAACAAAGAAAUACUAGAUCAAAAUGUAUUUACUUACAAUAAUUUUUUAAAAGCGGUAUCAGUUGUAAGAUCAAGAGUAUUCGAAAUAGAUAAUUUUCAUAAAUUAGGUUUAGUACCAUUUGCUGAUAUGUUUAAUCAUGCAACAAAUGAACAUAUACAUUUUCAAACUUUUUACAAUGUAUGUAAACAUUGUGGAUUAAUAUACUGCAAACAUACAAAAUAUAAGCAAAUUCCAAGAAAUAAGUAUAAAAAUUAUAUACAAAAAACUAUAAUUAUCAAUCAAACAUUUAAACUAAAAAAGUAUAUAAAAAUAUAUUAUGAUGAUACAUGUGAUAUGAUUAUACACAAUUCACCUAAUGCAUUUGAUGAAUUAUAUAAUACAUAUGGAACACAUGGAAACGAUAUUUUAUUAUCAAGAUAUGGAUUUGCUCUACAUAAAAAUAAAUGGGAUAGAAUAACUAUGUCAAUAAUAUUUCAAAAAAAUGACAUAAAAUCAGAUAGAUUACUAUGGUGGAAAAUGAACGGAUUUAAUAUAUCAUCUAAAAUGGGUCUUUUUCAAAAAUAUUUUUCAAAAAAUGAUAUAAAAAAUUAUCUUUUAAGUGACAAUAAUAAUCAUAAUGGCGAUAAAAAAAUUAACACUUAUAAUAAAGAUCAAUACCUAUUUCUUCAAGAUAGUCUUUUUAUUACAUUUCCAUCUGAACCUAGUUCACCAUUAAUACUUUUUAUUAUAUUAUUAUCAUUAAGUCACAAACUGUUUAAAAAUCUUGAGGAAAAUACAAAAAAAAUCAACAGAUUUAUUUUGAAUAUCAUAAAAUUACAAUUAUUAUAUUUUCACACAGGUUCCAUAAAAAAUCUUAAAUACCAAAAAUAUACAACGCUUUUAAUUUUAUUAAAAAUAAACAUUUUUUUAUCAAAUGCUAUAGAUAAUCGUUUAAAAAAAUAUAAUCAAACUUUAAUUUUAGAUAAUCUAAUCUAUGAAAAUACAAAAACACAGGUAUUUAAUAUAUUUUACUAA